AUGUUAGCUAAUGUUAUUGUUAACGUGCGACGGAAGACUUCCCAAAACUGUGUUAAUUUUGAAGAUGAUAGAUGUGCCACCUUUGGGCUUCUCAAAGAGAGGUUCCGGUUUGUGCGCAUCAAUUGGUCGGUUUUCUCAAGCUCCUCACACCAUACAUUCGUGUAUGGUGUCACUGAAUUGGAGAGGGAAAGGACAGAUAGUAAAUUCAAGGCAAACUCCAAAGAGGGCAUCGCCUUGUAG